CCUGCCUGCUCCCCGCUCCGUGGGUGCUGCUGGGGGGCUCAGAGGUUUGCUCCUGGGCCACCCGGGAGCAGGGCCUGGCCGGGGUGGGGUUCCUCUAACAGAAGCCAUUGCCUGCAUCACAGAGCCGGCGAUCUAGAACCCACCAUCCCACAGAGCCGCAUUCUAGAGCCCGGGGGCCGGGCCCCCCCCCGACUCUUAAAGCCCCCCGGUGGGAGAGGAGGGGGAGGUGGGAGCCUUCCUCUCCAUGUCCCUUUUUCGGGAACUCCCUGACGCGGAGGACGAUGCGACAGGACCACCUCUGAGGAGGCUCGGUCCAUAGGUUGCUCGGAGCACCGCCCCUGGACCAGAGCCGGCCAUGACGGAAGAAGUAUGGGUGGGAACCUGGAGGCCCCAUCGCCCCCGGGGGCCCAUCAUGGCCCUCUACAGCAGCCCGGGCCCCAAGUACCUGAUUCCACCCACCACAGGCUUCAUGAAGCACACACCCACCAAGCUGCGGGCACCGGCCUACAGCUUCCGCGGGGCCCCCCUGCUCCUGGCCGAGAACUGCUCCCCGGGGCCUCGCUACAGUGUGAACCCCAAGGUACUGAGGACUGGCAAGGACCUCGGCCCCGCCUUCUCCAUCCUGGGGCGCUACCACACCAAGACCACGAUGACCCCUGGCCCGAGGGACCCACAGCACUGGGGCUCAUUGCCAUGGGGAACGCUGUGGGGACAGGCGGGCCCUGACCCACAGGCACAGUGACUUGGGCCGGAAACCCCGGCCAGCACUGGCCCUGGCCUCUGGUUGCGGGCCUUGGCAGCCAAGCUGUCUGAGCCUCUCGCCUCCCAGACCCCAGGUCCCGCGGCCUACCACCAGACCGACAUGCAGGUGACCAAGUUCAAGGCUCCACAGUACACCAUUGCGGCCCGAGUGGAGCCCCCGGGGGACAAGACCCUCAAGCCAGGCCCAGGAGCCCACAGCCCCGAGAAGGUGACCCUGACCAAGCCCUGCGCCCCCAUCGUCACCUUCGGCAUCAAACAUUCCGACUACAUGACCCCCCUGAUCCUGCAGGUGGACUAGCCCCGGGCGGGGCAGGGACGGGCAGAGCCCAGCCACCGCCUACCUGGCCCGCAGGCCGAAGCACGCUUCUUUGGACAAUUGUGACAUUUUUCUAUGCACCCCCUUGCUAAUUGUGUGCCCACAUAUAAUAAAUCAUGAUUCCAUUUGC